AUGGCAGCUUCCAACCAGCAUGCACCCUCGGGUAUCUCCCUGUGCUUGUGCUUAACAGGAGAGGUCCAUGCUGGAGGACAGGAGCAUUUUUACAUGGAAACACAAAGAGCACUGGUUAUUCCAAAGACAGAGGACAGAGAACUGGACAUUUAUGUGUCAACACAGGAUCCAGCCCAUGUGCAGAAAACAAUCUCCUCCACGUUAGGCAUCCCCAUCAACAGGAUCACCUGUUACGUAAAACGAGUGGGAGGAGGUUUUGGAGGGAAGGUUGGAAGACCGGCUGUAUUCGGGGCCAUUGCAGCUGUGGGCACCUUCAAAACGGGUCACCCCAUUCGUCUUGUUCUUGAUCGUGAAGAUGAUAUGUUAAUAACUGGAGGAAGGCACCCAUUAUUUGGAAAGUAUAAAGUGGGAUUCAUGAACAGUGGGCGGAUCAAAGCUCUGGAUAUCGAGUGCUACCUUAACGGAGGAUGCACACCGGGCGACUCGGAACAGGUAACAGAAUUUCUUAUACUAAAGCUGGAAAAUGCAUAUAAAAUCCGCAACCUCAGGUUCCGGGGCCGUGCCUGCAUGACAAACUUACCGUCGAAUACAGCAUUUCGUGGAUUUGGCUUUCCACAAGGAACCCUGGUAACGGAAUCUUGCAUCACAGCUGUGGCAGCCAAAUGUGGCCUUCCGCCAGAAAAGAUUAGGGAGAAAAACAUGUACAAAACAGUGGAUAAAACCAUCUACAAACAAGCAUUCAACCCUGAGACUCUGAUACGAUGUUGGAAUGAAUGUCUGGACAAGCUGUCCUUUCAUAGCAGAAGAAAGCAAGUGGAAGAGUUUAAUAAGAAGAAUUAUUGGAAGAAAAAAGGCAUUGCUAUUAUCCCCAUGAAGUUUUCAGUUGGUUUUGCUACAAGUUACCAUCAAGCAGCAGCUCUCGUUCAUAUCUACACAGAUGGGUCUGUAUUAGUCACACACGGAGGCAACGAACUGGGGCAAGGCAUUCACACCAAAAUGCUUCAGGUGGCCAGCCGUGAAUUACAAAUACCCAUGUCUUACAUGCACAUCUGUGAAACAAGCACAGCCACGGUGCCCAACACAAUUGCUACAGCGGCCUCCAUCGGGUCAGACGUCAAUGGAAGAGCUGUGCAGAAUGCUUGUCAGAUCCUCCUGAAACGCCUUGAGCCCAUCAUUAAGAAAAGUCCAGAAGGCACAUGGGAAGACUGGAUAGAAGCUGCAUUUGAACAAAGAAUCAGUCUUUCAGCCACUGGAUACUUCAGGGGCUACAAGGCCUUCAUGGACUGGGAGAAAGGGGAAGGAGACCCAUUUCCAUAUUAUGUUUAUGAAGCAGCCUGUUCUGAGGUUGAAAUUGACUGCCUGACUGGAGCUCAUAAGAAAAUCAGAACAGACAUCGUCAUGGAUGCAUGUUGCAGCCUAAAUCCAGCCAUUGAUAUCAGGCAGGGCCUUGGGGAGUCGGGGAUGUUCCUGGGGUCGUCUGUGUUCUUCGCCAUUGCUGAUGCCGUGGCCGCGGUGCGCAGAGAAAGAGACGCGGCCGAGGACUUCACAGCCAGGAGCCCAGCAACACCGGAACAGGUUCGGAUGGCCUGUGCGGACCGGUUCACAGAGAUGAUCCCAAGAGAUGACCCUAAGACAUUUAAACCUUGGUGUAUACCUAUUGCAUAACACUGUUGUCAUUUUCUAAAAGAUGUUUCAGUUUUUCACAAGUAAAAGAUGGCUUGUUAAAUUAAUCCUCACUGGACUCCAGACAGAUGCUCUUACACUGUUGUGGGGAAAAAAGGACACAACUUUCAGAAACAUUACUCAAGUAUGACUACAUUAACAAGAUGAAUCAUUAGUUACAAAUUAUUUACUUAGACUUUCCAACCUAAAUAUCACCAGAAACACAAGUGUAGUGCUGAUUUGUUUCUGGAGAAAUCACAUCGAUGUUGCUGUAAAAGCAAAUUUUCCUUCCAAUCUAACAGGACUGGGAAUACAGGUCACAAUCAUAAAAUGAAAGACAUGACUCAGUAGAUAAAUCUGUGAUUAUUUUUCCAGUGAUGUAUUUGAUUCACAAGUAACCACAAAGCAGCAAAACCACAAGAGUUCUAUAAGGUUGUUUAGUUUAGGUUAGUUUUGUUUUUACCAUGGAUUCGCUAUGGGUCUGUGUGUGUGUGUGCAUUUGACAGCAAAGAAGAGGUCUUUUCCUCACGAAGAUCUGCUGUUCAACUGGCUAACAUUCUUUUGGAAUUUGAAAAAACAAUUUAAAAACAUUUCAAUGUAUUAUCAAAAACCUUUUCUUUCCAUUUUUUAUUUGUCAAGUUUAUGAACAACAUCUGAUCUGGUAUCAGAGUUGCAGAAAUACUCCAUGGCUCAGUUUCCCAUACAUCAAAGUCGGUAACACGGAACAAAAGAAUUAUAAAUUGUAAUCGCCUCUAUGUUUGGUGUUAAACCAUGCAGGAUCCACCGAAUUCCAUUCAUCUGAGUCGUAGGGGACUUCAGAGG